GUGUUUCUUUCCGUUGUAUAAAAAAAAAAAAAGGACUGAGCGCGUGUCCAUCCUAGGUUUAGGGUUUUAGCAUAAGACAUCUUAGAUUGGAGGUAGCUGCCCUGUUUCGUUCCUUAAGUCUCUUUAGUUCAAAAAACCACAAUAAAUCUCCUCACCUCACAAUUCGAUUUAGUUUUAGCAAGGAUGAUAGCCGCAGUUUCAUGGGUGCCCAAAGGUGUUUCCAAGUCUGUACCAGCAGUGGCGGACCCGCCGUCCAAGGAGGAAAUUGAACAGAUUAUAAAGGCCGGUGCUUUAGAGAGACGUGAAGAUAGUGGUAGUGAGGCAGAUGACGAAGAUAUGGAUGUUGAUACUGCCAAGCAGACUGAUGAAGCAACCCAUGCAUUAGCUGUAGCAGAAGCUCUUGGUAGAACACCCAAAAAUAACAAUUCAGCCACCAAAUUUGAUGAUAUAGCUGAUGGCCUCAAGGAACUUGACAUGGAACGUUAUGAUGAUGAGGAUGAAGGCAUUGAGCUAUUCAGCACAGGACUUGGGGAUCUUUACUACCCAAGCAAUGAUAUGGACCCCUAUCUAAAGGAUAAGGAUGAUGAUGAUUCUGAAGAGCUUGAGGACAUGACCAUUAAACCAAAGGAUGCAGUAAUAGUUUGUGCACGUAAUGAGGAUGAAUUCAGUCACCUUGAGGUUUGGAUACUUGAGGAAUCAGAUGAUGGUGAUUCAAACAUGUAUGUUCACCAUGAUAUUGUCCUGUCAGCAUUUCCCCUUUGUACAGCGUGGCUUGAUUGUCCACUUAAGGAGGAAGAAAAAGGAAAUUUUAUAGCUGUGGGUUCAAUGGACCCUUCAAUUGAAAUAUGGGACCUCAACAUUAUUGAUGAAGUGCAGCCAUCUGUUGUUUUGGGGGGAAUUGUUGAGAAGAAGAAGAAGAAGAAGAAAGGAAAUAAGACGUUAACCAACUACAAAGAAGGAAGUCACACCGAUUCUGUACUUGGCCUUGCUUGGAACAAACAGUUCAGGAAUAUUAUUGCCAGUGCUAGUGCUGACAGACAAGUCAAAAUUUGGGAUGUGGCUACUGGAAAGUGUGAUAUUACCUUGGAGCAUCAUACAGACAAGGUUCAAGCGGUUGCAUGGAAUCAUCAUGAACCACAAGUUCUUCUCAGUGGAUCUUUUGAUCAUUCAGUAGUCAUGAAGGAUGGGAGGAUUCCCACACAUCCUGGUUUUAAGUGGUCAGUUACAGCUGACGUUGAAAGCUUGGCAUGGGAUCCCCACAGUAAUCACUCAUUUGUGGUGAGUCUUGAAGAUGGUACUGUCCAAGGUUUUGAUAUCCGGGCUGUGAAGUCUGAUUCAUCAUCCGAUUCAAAGCCAAGUUUUACGCUCCAUGCACAUGACAGUGCUGUUUGCACAGUCUCCUAUAAUCCUUUUGUUCCUAAUCUUCUUGCAACUGGAUCUACAGAUAAAAUGGUAAAACUUUGGGAUUUGUCGAACAACCAACCAUCAUGUGUAGCAUCAAAGAAUCCUAAAGCAGGAGCCGUCUUUUCCAUUUCCUUCUCAGAGGACAGCCCUUUCUUGCUUGCUGUAGGGGGUUCAAAGGGCAAACUGGAAGUGUGGGACACCUUAUCAGAUGCUGGGGUCUCUAAAAGAUUUGGGAAUUACAGCAACCAAAAUGGACCUCAUCUUGGGACAUGAUUGCAAGUGGAAGAUAUAAUUGUUUUUCAACGAUAGAAUGUGUAAUUAUCCGAGAAGGACGUACAUUUCUUCCAAAAGUAAUGUUCAUUAUAGUUUUGAAAUUCUUUAAGAUUGAUAAUUUUUCUUCAUUUUUGUUUCCCAAAAGAAAAAGAAAAAUAUUGGAAUAGAUGUGGAUUUGAAGAGGUAUUUAAAUUUUAAAUGAUGUUGGUGCA